GGCGCACACGCCACGGGUGUCACUCACUUUCCACGGAACUUAAAGCAGGGCAACUUUUUCAAAAGGUGGACUUGGACUCUCUCUCUCUCUCUCUCCCCCUCUCUUUCUCUCUCUCUCUCCCUCGCUCGCUCACUCUCGACUUUGAACCUGUUUGUUUGCAACCCACGGACUUUAAAGCGCGCGCACCCACGCCUGUUCCUCUGCAGCCACACCACUUUAGGAGUAAAGGAGGUUUUUAUUUGUGUGUGUUCCUGGAAGAAGCGCCCGCGGAUGUCCCGCGACCAUGGCCCGGCCAGGUGAGCCGGAGACGCGCUGAAGGAACCCCCCCUGGGCCGGGGAGAGAUGCGGACCCCCUGGCGCCUUCUCCCCGCCGUGGUGCUCCUCCUUCUCCUCCUCCUCCUCCUCCUCGCACCUGCCUCGGAGGGCUGCGGGCCGGGGAGGGGGUACGGCAAGAGGCGGCUCCCCAAGAAGCUCAUCCCGCUGGCCCUCAAGCAGUUCAGCCCCAACGUGGCCGAGAAGACCCUGGGGGCCAGCGGGCGGCCGGAGGGCAAAAUCACGCGCAGCUCGGAGCGCUUCAAGGAGCUGACGCCCAACUACAACACGGACAUCAUCUUCAAGGACGAGGAGGACACAGGUGCGGACAGGCUCAUGACGCAGCGCUGCAAAGACAAGCUGAACUCCCUGGCCAUCUCCGUGAUGAACAUGUGGCCCAGCUUGAAGCUGAGAGUCACCGAGGGCUGGGACGAGGACGGCCAUCACUCGGAGGACUCGCUGCACUACGAGGGCCGGGCAGUGGAUAUCACCACCUCAGACAGAGACAGAAACAAGUACGCCAUGUUGGCUCGGCUUGCUGUGGAGGCAGGAUUCGAUUGGGUCUACUAUGAGUCCAAGGCACAUGUCCAUUGCAGCGUCAAGUCAGAGCAUUCCGUUGCAGCCAAAACGGGAGGCUGUUUCCCUGCCGACGCCGAAGUCACCCUUGAAGGCGGCGCCACUAAAAAGAUGCGUGACCUCCGACCCGGCGAGCGGGUUCUGGCGUCCUCCACUUCUGACGGUCGCCACCGCCUUGUCUACAGUCCAGUCUUAUCGUUUCUGGAUCUCCGGCCCAACGUCACGAAGAUCUUCACCAUCAUCGGAACCAGCACUGGACACAAUAUCACGCUGACGUCGGCACACCUCAUCUUCGUCACAGACUGUUGGGGCGGACCAAACAGGGACGUGCCGAGGACAAGUUUUGCCAGCGAGGUCCGGCCGGGUCAAUGCAUACUAACCUCACAAGGAACCGAGGCAACACGCGCUGUUGUGACUUUUGUAGAGGAGAGGCCGAGCACUGGCUUGUACGCCCCGCUCACCCAGCACGGCUCCGUCGUGGUCAACAGCGUUCUAGCAUCCUGCUACGCAGCUGUGGACAAGCACCAUUUGGCCCAUGGGGUUCUUGCCCCGCUUCGUUUCUUCUACACCCUGAUGGGUCCAGCAGAACAACAAACCGAUGGAGUGCACUGGUACCCUUGGCUUCUGCAACGGGUCGGGGCAAUGCUACUGGACCCCAAACACUUCCACCCCUUAGGAAUUGAGCAAGGACUCUGACAGACGAAAACUGACGACAGAGAAGUGGUGGCUUUGCCCCUUUCUUUGUAUUUACGAACACAGGAGCACGGAAGCAGCUUUCCAGCAAAGAAUAAGUCUUGACUCCACUCCAUUCCUUGUCUGUAUUUACUGUAAAACACAAGAAAUAUUCCUUUUCAAGAGAUUAUUGACGUGUGCCAAUCAAGCACACAUGUCGUAAGCAGCAAUGCUGACAUAGGGCCCUUCCUAACAUGUGCUCAAAGUGGAAAAACUGCUAGAUUCUGGCUGCUCCCACUGGACCCAAGUCUGUCACCUUCAUCCAAGAUGCGCACUUUAGGUGGAGCAACCCUUAAAUUUGGGCGUUCACUUUCUAAUCUGGCCUAUCGACCUAAAUCACUUUGCCCUGAGGCUGUAAUAAGUCCAGCGCCCCUGUGGGGUGAAACAUUAUAUUGCGCUUAAAGUUUGGGUGCAAUGGACGCACACAAAAUUCAAUUAUUUUCCAGAAAACGACUAAAAAGAUUUUAAGAGACACCUGGAAACAUCCAUUGAGAUGAGGAAAAAAUGGGCGAUACCGCCACCCUGUGUUAAGUAGAGGUAUGAAUCUUCGGGCGCCUAACGAUCUGAUCCGGUUCCGAUUCCUGGGGUACCGAUUCGAUCCUUAAAUGAAACCGAUUCUUGCAAUAUAUCGUUAGUAGGGCUGUCAAAUGAACGAUUUUUCAAAUCGGAUCAAUCACAUUUUUAAAUUUGGAUUUCUUAUGAUUAAUCACCGGCGAUAACUUGCUUGCAUAAAUAAAUAAAUAAAAUGUAUACAGUAUAUUUAUGUUUUUUUAACUGAUUUUUGAAAAUCAUGAAUUAAAAUAAUAAAUACAUUUAAGAAAGGACCCCAAUAUUUGUACACAAGCACAAUUCUAUUCUUCCAAUGUCAUCCAGGAAGAUUUUACUUGAAUGCAAGUCAUUUAUUUGCACAAAACCUCGUAACAGUUUUAGCUCAAAUUCUCUCAGGACGUAGCUUGGAGUGAAAUUUGCCAAUGAGCAAACCAGUCGGAUUAUGAACUAUUUUGUGAUUAAUCACAUGAGCUGAACCUUUAACUUUGACAGCCUUAAUUAUUUGCUGGAACAAUUAUAAUAAACGUUUUCAAAACAGGUUAGAGGCUUGAAAAGCUCCUUCUGUUAGCAUAUUAUUAUUUUUAUUUAAUUUCUGGAUGGAAAUCCGAAUUUAGA